AUGGUACCCAAUGCACGUUUCGACCUUCCACCAACCAAAGGUAACCGAUACCUUCUCACUUGCAUAGACAUGUCUGCGGAGACCGUCGCCUCUGCUCUCCUGUCUGGUUGGAUAUCCCUCUUCGGAGUUCCCUCUACCAUCACCACCGACAGGGGCCGUCAGUUCGACUCACACCUCUUCCGCAGCCUCUGCCACUUACUCGGGGUCGCCCACAUACGGAUUACGGCCUGCCACCCUCAAGCAAGCGGCAUUAUCGAGCGCCUCCACCGGCAUCUCACAACCGCCUUGUGCGCCGUGGGUGCUUCCUCGUCGUGGGUCGAUCGGUUUCCCUUAUUGCUUUUGGGUCUCCGAGCAGCCUUCAUGCAAGACCUCCGCUGCUCCCAGGCCAAACUUGUCCAUGCCACCCCCUUGCGACUCCCUGGCGCAUUCUUUACCCCGCCACCUCCCUCCACAGUCCCUGACCCGGCGUCAUACGUCUCCCGCCUCCGCUCGGCCUUUGCCGACCUCAUUUCUGCUACACCGUGGACUCCCUCCCCGCGCCGCGUAUUCCAAAAUUAUGACCUGGCUUCCGUCACGCACGUAUUCGUGGGCCGAGACGCUGUGCGGGCUCCUCUGCAGGCGCGUUAUGACGGACACAUCUUGGUGGUCCACCGCCAACCGAAGUUAUUGCGGCUACUGCUUACUCGCGGCCCCGAUACCCUUGCUGUUGACCGCCUCAAGCCGGCGUAUCUCGAAGCUGAAGCUCCCGCUGGUUCCUCUCCAACUCAGUCAGCUCCUCCUAGGGCCAUACCGACGCCUCCACGGCUUUCUCCUCCAGCACCCCCUCGGAGCCUGCGUCAGGUCCAUUGA